CGGCAGAAGAUUAAGAGAAUGAACGGGUUCUAAAGUAUCGGUUUUAUCGAGAUUUCUGGCCAAUUCUGAGUGUUUUGUUUCUAUUUGUGUUUAGUUAAAAAACGUUUAAAUUUUUGUAAAAUUUUCUAAAAAAUUUUAAUAAAUGUUUAAAAAUACUUUUCAGUCAGGGUUUCUUUCGAUUUUGUAUAGCAUCGGAAGUAAACCUCUACAGAUAUGGGACAAAAAAGUUCGAAAUGGUCAUAUCAAACGUAUUACUGACAAUGAUAUUCAGAGCUUAGUGUUAGAAAUCGUCGGCACAAACGUAAGCACCACAUUUGUAACGUGUCCAGCUGAUCCGAAAAAAACUUUAGGCAUAAAACUUCCAUAUUUGGUUAUGAUAAUUAAAAAUUUGAAGAAAUACUUCACCUUUGAAGUCCAAGUUCUUGAUGAUAAAAAUGUACGUCGUAGAUUUCGAGCUAGUAAUUAUCAGUCAACAACCCGCGUCAAACCUUUUAUUUGUACCAUGCCAAUGCGUCUGGAUGAAGGUUGGAACCAAAUACAAUUUAACUUGUCUGACUUUACCAGGAGAGCGUAUGGAACAAAUUAUGUGGAAACUUUAAGGGUACAAAUACAUGCUAACUGCAGAAUAAGACGAGUGUAUUUCUCCGAUCGACUUUAUUCCGAGGAAGAGCUUCCACCGGAAUUUAAACUAUUUCUACCUAUUCAAAAACCUCAAAAAGUUAACCACACGGCGUGUAGUUGAUAGAUUAAUAUAUAUUUAAAACCCUUUUUACUAUAUUACAAAACUUAUUAUUUUUAUUUAUGGACUAUAAUCCAAAGCGAGAAUGUUCGUUCCAGUAUCCCUUUUUGAAGAGGUUUUGCGCAAAGGGGGAGGGGGCUUGCUGCUCCCACAUUUGGUAGGUAAUGAAUAGAGCUUUUGAAUAAUAGCACCCUUUCCCCCUAGGACCACGGGGGGCUCUUGGGCAGCCUUCUGAAAAUGGUGUAAAAUCGUAGUUUUUCCAUACAAUUUUCACUAAUUAUAAAAUUAAUGUAUUUUUACACAUUGACUAUGUUUAUUAAAUUUGAAAUUGAAAUUUUUUUAUAUA